GAGCUGUUUAUAGUCUUAGUCUUAUGGCUUCGUCUUUACAAAGCAGAAGCGGGCAGUUGCAAAAUCAUUCGGAUCUACGCUCUCUAGUUCUUCGCGACGUUACCCUCACGGGAAGGACCAUCGGAUGUGGAUCAUACGGCAGCGUCGAGGAGGUGGAGAUCCCAGGUGCUCUCUGCGCGGCUAAGAAAAUCCACGAAUUUAUGACAAAAGCUGACCCAAACUGGUUGGCUAAGGAGGUAGCAGAUAGCAACGUCCAGAAGUUCUUGUCUGAAUGCGCGUUGUUGAGCAGGCUGCGUCACCCACAUGUUGUCCAGUUUCUCGGUUUGUGGUUCGAUAAAGACAACAAUUUCAACGUCUACCUCAUCAUGGAGAAGAUGAUGAUUAGCCUGCAUGAUAUGCUCGUUCCUGGAGACACUCGCUCCACCAGUACCGCUCACUCGCGCCUUCCCCUUGGCCUCAAGUGCUCCAUUCUGCAGGACACUGCCAGAGGCCUAGCCUACCUUCAUACACAAAACCCUCCGGUCAUCCACCGCGACCUCUCGGCGAGAAACGUCCUCCUUAAUUCUGCAACGACAGCAAAGAUAGCCGAUUUGGGUAUGGCAAAAAUCGUUUCUGCCAAAGAUAGUGCGACAAUGACCAAGGCUCCGGGGGCCCUCAUCUAUAUGCCUCCCGAAGCGCUGGAAGACUCUUCUCGUUAUAGCACUUCAAUAGAUAUAUUCUCUCUUGGAGUUCUAGUAAUCUUUGUACUAGCCGAGGAGUUUCCUGUAAACUUAAAAGCCCCAACAUACACUGAUGAAGUGAGAGGGCUAGUGGCUCGAACAGAACUUCAACGUCGUGAGAAUUACACCGUGAAGAUAUAUAGCACCUUACCAAAGAGCCAUGCAUUGAUCAGAUUGAUGGAGUCCUGCCUUGAGAAUGUUUCGAGCAAGCGACCCUCCAUUGCCAAAGUUCUAAAUGUUUUCCGCCAACCCCUGGCGGGGAUUCCAGACAGCAGCUGCUCGAAACUGGAGCUACUACAGCUCCUGAAAAAGUCAUCCGAAGAUCAUGAAAGUCUGAGAAAGAGGUUUGUCUUAGAGUUGGAGGUUACAAAGAAGGCUUGCAAAAUAGAAGUGGACGCAUUAAAAGAAGAAUUUCACAGCAAAUUAAAGGCACAGGGGAAACCAGAAACAACUACCAGAAAGAUGAGAAGAAACAAAACUGACCUAUGUAUGGUUCCGGAGCCUAGAGUCAGAAUGAGGUUGACCGGGAGGCCGAAGAGCACUUCCAGCGAGGAUAUUGAUGAUAAACCAAUAACGAUGCCAAGGAGACACUCACCACCGCCUCCCCUUCCUCCACCAAGACAGAGUCUGCAACCAAAUCCAAAGAUGGACAGAGGCAGACAUUUUCCAAAACGGGGACAACCAAUAACGGUAAUUCCUGAGCCUAGAGUCAGAGCGAAGUCAACAGGGAUGCUGAAGAACAAAGACAACUCAAGUGAUGAUUACGAUGAUAUGCCAGUAGCUGGGCCGAGGUCUAGCUCACCACCUCCUUCCCUUCCUCCACCUAGACAAGACCAGAGUCCCCAACUAAAGGUUUCAGUUUGAGAUGUAGCUAGCUAGCCAGCCACUAUAAUAGUUUGGGUAGCAAUGGUAGAGGGAGCAAUACUGUGGAGGGCAUAUUUCUUCCACAUCGUAUCUAUACCUAUGUGGUAGACCAUGCAAAACCAGAAUCAACUACGUAGCUACUACAAAAUUGAAAAAUGGGGGUGAGGUGUCAGGUUUUUCUUGUCAUACAUAGCUAGUUAAGGUUCUGAAGGGCCAGGUAGGGCGGAUUUGGCCAAUUCAGCCUCUUCAUUGUGUUGUAUAGAAUUCUUGUUGCAUGUAACUGUAUGUACCUGAAGCAAGUGUAUAUAGUGUGAUUGGAAAAAUAAGCGAACUGUUGUUUAAAGCACAUUCUCUGUAAAAUAUAACAUUAGGACAACGAAAG